AUGAAGAAGCCUCCUCUUGUUAUUGCCAACGAUGUGUUGUCCGUCCUUGCUGUGGAUUACCCAGUGGACAAAGUCUCAUGUUGUGUCUCGGAUGAUAGUUCAGCGAUGCUCACCUUUGAAGCCCUUUCUGAAACUGCAGAAUUUGCUAGGAAAUGGGUGUCUUUCUGUAAGAAGCACAAUAUUGAGCCCAGGGCCCCUGAAUUCUACUUUGCUCAGAAGAUAGAUUACCUCAAGGAUAAGAUUCAGCCUUCCUUUGUUAAAGAGCGCAGGGCAACGAAGGUAAAUGACAACAUAUUCAUCCUGCUCAAUAUGAUUUCUGAAACUAUUCGCCGGUCUAAACAUUGA